AUGUGUCAACAUCAGUCAUCAGCGGUUGUAGACGUGAACACCAACUCCAACUUCAAGCAGGUCGUCACAAAACAUACCAAAAUUUAUGUGACAAUCGACUUCGAGCGAACUGUGCUCAUCGGGUCAACAAUCAUUACUUUCGAAUCAAGACUAGCGAGUCUGACUGAAAUCAUCCUUGAUACCAGCUACUUAAUCGUGAGACAAGCUGCUAUCAAUGGCACCCGAGUUUCUUGGGACUUGAAAGCCCCUGAAAACGCCAACGGCAGCCCCCUUCAUAUCUACCUCGAUCGCGCCUACGAAUAUGGAGAGUCUUUCGAACUUGCCAUUGACUUCGAAACAACAACGGAAACAACUGGUCUUCAGUGGUUUAAGGCUUCGCAAACAGAUGAUAAGAAAUAUCCAUUCAUGUUUUCGCAGGGAGAGCCAGUCCACGCACGCUCCAUGUUCCCAUGCCAGGACACUCCAUCUAUCAAGACAACUUUCGACAUGACUAUUCGGUCCAUCUUACCAGUUGUCGCGAGUGGUAUUCCUGAAAAUGACCUAGUCUUCCCUCCCGUCCAGGAGCCCCUAGAGCUCAAGACCUACAAGUUCAAACAGGAGAUUCCAAUCUCCAAUUAUCUGUUCGCGGUGGCUAGCGGGAAUCUUGCGGGAGAGAAGAUUGGUCCUAAGAGCUAUGUUUACUGUGCGCCUGGCGAUCUCGAGGCCUGCAAGGCAGAGUUCAAACCCGAUUUGCAAGCCAUUAUUAAAUCUGCGGAGAACCUCAUCUUCGAGUAUCCAUGGCCGCUUUACAAUCUCGUUGUCCUGCCAAAGUCGUUUCACUUAGGAGGCAUGGAAAACCCAGUCUUCAACUUCUACAGCGCUACUGUUGUCUCGGGCGACCGUGAGAACAUUGGAGUCGUGACCCACGAGUUCGCUCACAGCUACAGCGGAAACCUUGUCACUAAUGACGCUUGGGAGCACUUCUGGUUGAACGAAGGAUGGACGGUCUACAUAGAGCGUUGCAUCCUGCGAGACCUCCGCGGGGAAGAGGCAGUCCAGCUUGAAGCCAUCGUAGGAUGGCAAGAUCUGCUCUACAACAUUGAUGCUUAUGGCGGGAACGAAAGCGUCUUCACAAGUCUCGUUCUAGAAUUUCAAGGAAAGAGGCCUGACGACAUCAUGUCGAAGAUCUCCUACGAGAAAGGCUACACCUUUUUGUGUUUUCUGGAGCAGCAGGUGGGGAGGGAGAAGUGGCACAAAUUUGUUCCUCACUACUUCAAGGCUUUCUUUGGCAAGAGCGUCAACUCUGAGCAAUUCAAGAGGUGCGUUCUGGAGUUCUUCUCUCAGGACGUCCACGCCGCAGCUGCCCUUCACGCAGUUGACUGGGAAACCUGGUAUCACAAGCCCGGUGCACCGCCAAAGCCUAUCUUUGACUCCAGCCUCUACAGAGAUUGCAUUGAAUUAUGCGACAAGUGGAAGAUGCUUAGUUCGAACGAAAGCGCCUUUACCCCCUCGUCUAAGGAUGUUGAGGGCUGGACGGUUGGACAAUUAUUAGUCUUUCUCGACCUUCUGACUGAAAGUUCCAGUGCUAUCCCCAAACAGUUCAGCCACGCACUGGGUUCACAGUAUGGUUUACUAUCCUCAGGGAAUCUGGAGGUAGUUAGCCGCUACCUCCGUGUUGCACUGCGAGCAGGCGACGAAAGUGUCUUGAAGCAGACCGAAGAGGUUCUUAGCCAGACCGGCCGUAUGAAAUUCGUCAAGCCACUGUAA